UUGAAGCUUAAUAGUUAAAACUGCAACUCCAUUUCAAUCAUGUUUCAACAUUCUUUGGGUUGAGUAUUCUUUACCUAAGACAUUGGCUUUAAAGAAGAGGCUUUUCAUGAAACCAUUUAUUUCUCGGUAAGUUUCAUUUAAUGCUUACACUUUUGAAAAAAAAAAAAGUGUAGUUAGUUAGUGCUAAUUUUCUUUGAAUCUAAUUCGCUUUUUCCAUUUCAUGCAUGAAAGUAAGAAAGUAAUUGAUUACUCAUUUGAGAAUCAAACCCUUUACCCAUUUGAGGUUCAUAAAAGAAAAAAAUUCGGUGCUGCCAUUGAACAUUUCUCAUGUCCCAUGCAAAUUUAAUUUCUCAUGUCCCAAAAGAAGGAGCAAAUUUUGCUUGCUUUGUUACAUAAGAAAGCAAAAAGGACUUGUUCCACUUCAUCAACAACCUUCAUGUGAAAAAUUCUGUUACAACUUACCAACAUGUCUGAAAUUAAGCAUAACCGGAUGGAUCAAGGACAAACAAAGAUUAAGAAUGUUCCAAUAGCUGUCACCCCAGAAGGGUUUUGGUGUUGUCCAUCACCUGUGUUCCAGAAAGGCCUCAGAAACCAAAAUCCUUUGAAUAAACCGACACCCUCUUCGCCGCUGCCGGCAAGAAGCACAGUCAAGAAAAAGACUGUUCCGGUGACAAUGAAUGAAAGAAGAGCUUCUUCUGCACCGCCAACCCCAUCAAGAUUGGUGAAUUCUGAUGAAAAGCAAUGUCCGGAGCAGCCUUCGGCUAAUGCGUCCGUGGCGUCGCCACGGGCAAAAAUCGAGUCUUUGCCGAGGAAGGUUGCUAUUGAGUUUGGUGAUCCAGGAACGUGUGAUAUGAAGGUGGUGUUGGUGGGGAAGCAGGGGCUUUGUGUGAAGUUGAGUGUGCACAGGGAUGUUCUGAAAGAGAAGAGUGUUUUCUUUUGUGAGAAACUUUCUGAUGAAACCAACUUGUCGUGGCUCCAAAUCGAUGAAUGCGAGGAUGUUGAAAUAUAUGUUGAAAUCGUAGGUCUCAUGUACUGCAAGGAGAUUAGGCAGAGGCUUAUGAGGCAAAGCGUUUCUCGCAUUCUUCGAAUACUAAAGGUUGCGGAAUUCCUGAGCUUCGGUUCAUGUAUAGAAUCAUGUUUGGAGUACUUGGAAGCAGUCCCAUGGGUGGGAGAAGAAGAAGAAGAAAAGGUGGUUUCAACUGUACGACAACUCCAAGGAGAAGGAAUUGGAGUCAACCCUGUGCUGAAACGAGUUUCUUCAAACAUUUCUAAUGUCGGAAACGACACUGUCUCGCAGAUUAUCGAUCUUGUUCUCAAGAGCAACGAAGAAAGAGGUCGUCGAGAAAUGAAGUACAUAGUUCUGAAGCUCCUUAGGGAGAGUAACAGCGUUGCAAAUCAAGGCGGUUCAACUGACAUGAUUUAUAAUUCAUGCACAAGUUGCAUGGAUUCUCUGUUGUGUCUGUUCAAGAAGGCUUCAGAUCCAGGCUUUGCGAAGAAACCGAGCGAUAUGAGAGAUCCUGUGGUAAAGCAAAUAGCUCUGGAAUCUGAUAACCUCUCAUGGUUGGUGGAGAUCUUAAUGGAGAAGCAAGCGGCCGGUGAGUUUGUGGGCAAGUGGGCGAACCAGCGGGAAUUGGCCAUCUUACAUGUAAAGCUGCCAACUGUAUACCGGUAUCACGUCAGCUGCAUUUCCGGAAGGUUGUAUGUUGGCAUCGGAAGAGGGCAGUUGCUGCCGUCGAAGGAGACGCGACAGUUGUUGUUACAGACAUGGCUUCAGCCUCUAAUCAAUGAUUACAACUGGCUACACCAUGGAUGCAGGGGAUUUGAUGGGAAACUUGUGGAAGAAGGAAUUGGGAGGACCAUUCUGACGUUGCCGCUGGAGGAUCAGCAGAGUAUUUUGCUUUCUUGGUUGGCAAGUUUCUUGAAGAGUGGUGAUAGCUGCCCCAAUCUUCACAGGGCUUUUGAGGUGUGGUGGAGGAGAACUUUCAUUAGACCAUAUGUGCAAUGUCAAGGCAGCAAUGCCAUGACUCAUACUUCAAUGUUGUCAAAGCAGCAAUGAUUAUUUCAAAUUAGUAUAUAUAGAUGGGAUUUCAGGAACAACAAUACUACAUAAAUAUUAUUAUUUUAUGU